AUGGCGAGCAGCAGCGGCCCCAAGACUGAGUUCAUUGUGGCAGGGAAAUAUAAACUGGUACGGAAGAUGGGGUCUGGCUCCUUUGGGGAUGUUUUUCAGGCAAUCAAUAUUACCAACGGGGAGGAAGUGGCAAUAAAACUAGAAUCUCUGAAAGCCAAGUAUCCCCUGUUGCUAUAUGAGAGCAAACUCUAUAAGGUUCUUCAAGGUGGGAUUGGCAUCCCCCACAUAUGGUGGUAUGGUCAGGACAAAGACUAUAACAUAUUAGUCAUGGAUCUUCUGGGACCCAGCCUUGAAGAUCUCUUCAAUUUCUGUUCAAGAAGAUUCACAAUGAAAACUAUACUUAUGCUAGCUGAUCAAAUGAUCAGUAGACUUGAAUAUGUGCAUUCUAAGAAUUUUAUACAUAGAGACAUUAAACCGGGUAACUUCCUGAUGGGUCCUAGGCGUCACUGUAGUAGAUGUUUAGAAUCUACUAUGGGGAAGAGGAAAAGAAGCAUCCCUGGUACUCCUCCCCCGGACCCAUCUUUCUCAGCAUUAAACCAGGUAUACCUUAUUGAUUUUGGUUUGGCUAAAAGGUACAGAGACAACAGGACAGGACAACACAUCCAAUACAGAGAAGAUAAAAACCUCACUGGCACUGCUCGAUAUGCUAGCAUCAAUGCACAUAUUGGUAUUGAGCAGAGUCGCCGAGAUGACAUGGAAUCAUUAGGAUAUGUUUUGAUGUAUUUUAAUAGAACCAGCCUGCCAUGGCAAGGACUAAAGGGUACAACAAAGAAGCAACAAUAUGAAAAGAUUAGUGAAAUGAAGAUGUCCACUCCUGUUGACGUUUUAUGUAAGGGGUUUCCUGAAGAAUUUGCCUUGUACUUAAAGUAUUGUCGUAGCCUGCGCUUUGAAGAAAACCCAGAUUACAUGUAUCUGAGGCAGCUAUUCCGCGUUCUUUUCAGGAACCUGAACUACCAGCAUGACUACAUAUUUGAUUGGACAGCGUCAAAGCCAAAAACAGCACAGCAGGCAGCCUCUUCCAGUGGGCAGGAUCAGAAUACCCAACCCCCCCCAGGUUUCUAA